AUGAUAUUAGAAUUGUGCAACAAUUAAGAAAAAUUAAAUAGAGAAAAUACUGAAAUAUAUUUUCUUCACUAACUUUAUGAUCAUUAAGUUUAGAAUAUUGAAAAUGUUGUCUAUAUAUUAUAUAAGAAAUGUAAUGGAUUGUAUAAUUAUAUUAAUUAUCUAAAAUAGAGAAAUCACCAACAGGAACAGAUAACACUGUAUAUUUUAUGUUCAUAAUUGGUUGACUUUGCAAAAAUAGAAAAGAAUAAUAGAAAUUAGGUAGUCUUAGUUAUUAAAAAAAUUAUUUUUGCAAUUAAGUUGCCAAAGAAUUAAAGAGAACUGUUUAUGCUCCAAAUAUCAAAUAUAUAUAUGUUUGUCUCUAAAGAUUAAUAUUGUUAUUUGUUUUAGACCUCAUUAAAUUUUUGAACAAAAAGAUUUGAUAGGCCUAUCAUAAGUUGAAAAUAUUAGUUAUUCAAAAUAAUUUAUUUGUAAAAUUUAAUAAGAAUAUACAUAUAGAAAAAUUCUUAUUUUUUAUGCUGUCUACCUAAGAGGGAAAUCGUGA